AUGGUGCAGGAGGUGCUCGACACAGCCAGCGGCCUGGUGCCGCAGGCCCCCGCCCUGCGCAUUGACGAGGCGGCGCUGCGGCGCUACCUGGCUGCCACUGUCAGCGACUUCCCCCCAGAUGCUGACCGCCUGGAAGUGUUUCAGUUCUCGCAUGGCCAGUCCAACCCAACGUAUCUGGUCAAGGCCGGCAGCGCCAGCUACGUGCUUCGCAAGAAGCCGCCCGGCCGGGUGCUGCCGUCGGCGCACGCCGUGGAGCGAGAGUUCCGGGUGCUAGCAGCGCUGCAGGCCACGCCGGUGCCGGUGCCACGCGUGCUGUGCCUGUGCGAGGAUGCCAGCGUGCUGGGCACCCCCUUUUACGUCAUGGAGCAUGUGAGGGGCCGCAUCUUCACAGAGCCCUCGCUGCCAGGCAUGGCCCCCGCCCAGCGCACCGCCGCCAUGGCACGCACGCUGGCCGCCCUGCACAGCGUGCAGCCGGGGCAGGUGGGCCUUCAGGGCUACGGCAAGCCCAGCGGCUACAACCGGCGCCAGGUGUGGCGCUGGGGGCAGCAGUACUCGCAGAGCGUGGCGCAGGGCCAGGCGCCGAUGCCUGAGAUGCAGCAGCUCCACUCCUGGCUGGAGGCCAACGUCCCGCCCACAGACGACCAGCCCGCCGGCACCCGCGUCUCGCACGGCGACUUCAGGCUGGACAACCUGGUGUUUGAUUCUGCCGACCCGUCCCGCGUGCUGGCGGUCCUGGAUUGGGAGCUUUCCACCCUGGGGGACCCGCUGGCCGACCUCGCCUACAACUGCCUGCCCUACCACCUGCCGGCGGCCUCAUGGCCCUUCUACCUCGCCCUCUCCAUCUUCCGCCUGGCCGCCAUCCUGGCUGGGGUGGGCGCCCGGGCGGCGCAGGGCAACGCAUCCUCCCGCAUCGCAGCCCAGGUCGGGGCUGAUUCUGUGGUUCGCAGCCUGGCCUGCAAGGGGCUGCAGAUUGCGGGGGUUCUGCACAAGCAAGGCAGCUCCAGCAGCAGCCUCACCAGCAGCGGCGGCAGCCACCUGAUGGGCACCCCCGCUGAGCCCUACGCCAACCCCACCCAUCCCAGCGCGCUGCCAGACGACAGCCCCAACAUCCUGGCUGGCAACCCUCUGGAGGAGUACGCCAACCCCAGCCCGCAGUGGCGCCAGGCAGCAGGCGCGGCGGCGGCGGCGCUGGAGGAAGCUGACAGGGUACUGCCCGCCCGGGUGGCGCCCACCAGCAGCCGCGGCAGCAGCAGCAGCAGCAGCAGCAGCAGCAGCAGAGGCGUGCGCCAGCAGCCAACCGCCGCCGGCAGCCCCGCGGCCACCGCCGCCGCCGCCGCCGGGGUGGCGACCACCGGGCUGGGCCCGUCGCCGCGCGUGCAGCCGCUGCUGCGCAGGCUGCAGCGGUUCAUGCGGGACCAUGUCUACCCUGCAGAGGCUGCGCUGAAUGGCCAUGCCAUGUCCGACCAGCGCUGGAUCAUCCACCCGGUGCAAGAGCGGCUCAAGGCAGAGGCCAAGCGGCAGGGUCUGUGGAACCUGUGGCUGCCCGCAGACAUGGCGGCAGCGCUGGAACCGCUGGUGCGGCAGGCGGCGGCCUCUGGCGACGAGCAGCGCCUGCUGCUGGGCCCUGGGCUGACCAAUUUGGAGUAUGCGCACUGUGCGGAGGUGAUGGGCCGCAGCGUGUGGGCGCCAGAGUGCUUCAACUGCUCUGCGCCCGACACCGGCAACAUGGAGGUGCUGGCUCGCUACGGCUCGCGCGAGCAGCAGCGUGCCUGGCUGCUGCCGCUGCUGCGGGGCGACAUGCGCAGCUGCUUCGCCAUGACUGAGCCUGCGGUGGCCUCUUCAGAUGCCACCAACAUCACCUCCAGCAUCAGCCGCCAGGGAGACAGCUAUGUGCUGAGCGGCAGGAAGUGGUGGGCAUCUGGGGCCAGCGACCCUCGCUGCAAGGUGGCCAUUUUCAUGGGGAAAACAGACCCCCAGGCGCCCACGCACCAGCAGCAAUCGAUGGUGCUGGUGCCUAUGGAUUCGCCUGGUGUCACCAUUGUCAGGCCGCUGCCGGUGUUUGGGUUUGACGAUGCGCCGCACGGCCACUCGGAGAUUGUGUUUGACGGCGUGCAGGUGCCGGCAGCCAACAUGAUUCUGGGCGAGGGGCGUGGCUUCGAGAUAGCGCAGGGGCGGCUGGGCCCCGGCCGCCUGCACCACUGCAUGCGCCUGGUGGGCAUGGGGGAGCGGGCGCUGGAGCUUAUGGUGCAGCGCUCCGAAGAAAGGACUGCUUUCAGGCAGAAGCUGUGGCGCCACCAGUCGGUGCGCCUGGACAUUGCGCGGAGCAGGAUCGAGCUGGAUGCGGCCAGGCUGGUGGUGCUGCAGGCGGCGCAUUCUUUAGACCGCGUCGGCAACAAGGCCGCGCGCGGCCAGAUUGCGGCGGCCAAGGCGCUGGCGCCGUCCACCGUGGUGGCCAUCAUCGACAGAGCCAUCCAGGUGCACGGCGCGGCGGGCGUGAGCGACGUGACACCGCUGGCACACAUGUUUGCGGGGGCUCGCACGCUGCGCCUGGCGGACGGUCCCGACGUGGUGCACCUGGAGACGAUUGCCAAGCUGGAGCUGGCUGGGGCCAGGCAGGCGCGGCUGUAA